AUGGCCCCCCCCACAACGUCCCAGCUCCGGGCACAGCGCCUGCUGGGGAACAGCUCUGCCAGCACCGGGCACAACGGGGCUUUGUGGCCACGGGGACAGCACGGGGCAGCACGGGAUGAACUCGAACACCGGGGGGGGCCAAACCCACUGCUGGGGGGGCAGCUCUGCACCCCACACCGGCCCCACAGCCCCAUCCCAGGGGACGCAGACCCGUUCGGCCCCAGCCCCAAACCCUGGAAGGUUCCCAGCCCCCAGCCCCAUGAAUUGCGUCCCCAGCCCUUCGCCCCCCAUCCCGAGGGCUCCCAGCCCCACACCCGCACCAUCCCGAACCCCAUAGGGCCCCCGCAGCCCCAUAACGAUGGAUGCCGGCCCCACUCCCCCAUCUCGGCGGAACACCAACCCCACACCUGGGGGUCUCAGCCCCACAGCGCGGCUCCCGGUCCCACCGGCUGCUCUCACCGCCCGGCUCCCGCUCGGCGCCGCGGGGAGGUCCGGCAGGGCGGGGGCGGGGCGCUCCGCCCGUUCGAAUUCUCCCUCCGGCCCCACAAUGGCGCCUCACGCUCCCGCCCGCCGCGCCGAUUGGCCCCGCCCCCGCCCCGUGAGCGUUCCUCAUUGGCCACCGGCGGGGAGGGGGGCGUGUCACCGAAACACCGAGGGGCCGCUUCCGGUGCCGGCGGCAAUAGCGGCGCACAGCAUGCCGCCGUCCCGCCUGACUCCUGGCAGCCGCCCACCGUCUCCAUGGAGACCACGAUGGGCACCCUGGUGUUGGAGCUGUACUGGCGCCACGCUCCGCGCACCUGCAAGAACUUUGCUGAGCUGUGCCGCCGCGGGUAUUACAACGGCACCCGGUUCCACCGCAUCAUCCGGGACUUCAUGGUGCAGGGAGGAGACCCCACGGGCACCGGUGAGGCGGGUGCUUCCAUCUACGGCAAACACUUCGAGGACGAGCUGCACUCCGAGCUGAAGUUCACCGGCGCAGGCAUCCUGGCCAUGGCCAACGCGGGGCCGGACACCAACGGCAGCCAAUUCUUCAUCACGCUGGCGCCGGCGCAGUGGUUGGAUGGCAAACACACCAUCUUUGGGCGCGUGUGCCAAGGCAUCGGGGUGCUGGGCAGGGUGGGCAUGGUGGAAACCAACGCUCAGGACCGACCUCUGGAUGAUGUGAAAGUCCUCAAGGCCGUCCCUGCUGGGUGA